AUGUUUAGUACAAUCUGGUCCUUGCUUGGCUGGAAAGAGGAGCUACCGCCAAGUCCUCCAACUGUAACUAUUACUGGAGUUAGGAUACCAUCCGACGGCACUCCUGCUCAUCUCCUCUCCCUUACCACAAUUAGCGACUCCAAAGCCACAGACGGCUUCCUUUUCCACGUUCCUGACCUACGCCGCUACUGGAAUUCGGAGCAAGCCUGGAGACAAACUCAGUAUCAUACUCUACAACAUCAGCAUUUAUCUUGUGUGGGAGCCUAUUACGUCUUCUAUUCUUUCGACCUCGACAGCCUACCGCGAAAUAUGUUUGUUCCUGCCUGGGUUAGCGAGAUUAGCGAUGGUGUGCACUUCUCAUUUCAUGGGGAUGUCUUUUUAGUCAAAAUGUCCCCGCAUGAGUAUGGAGAGAAUCGCUGGGCUGUUUAUGAAGAUAUAACUCCAUUAUUUCUAGAUUUGCUAGUUAAAGGCCCAAUUUCUAGGUAA